AUGACCCGCCGAACCGCGCUUCAUAACCCCGAAGCCAGGUGCACCAAUGGGUCAGAGGAAAACCCAAAGACCAGGAGUCCCACCGGGACCAGGAGUCCCACCGGGACCAGUGAGUCCCACCCAGGACCAGGAGUCCCACCGGGACCAGGAGUCCCACCAGGACCAGUGAGUCCCACCAGGACCAGGAGUCCCACCAGGACCACCUACCAUACCUCUCCCACCACACCACACCUCACCCCACCACACCACACCUCACCCCACCAUACCUCAACUCACUCACCAAACCUCAUCCCACCACAACUCACCCUACCACACCACACCUUACCCCACCACACCUCACCCUACCACACCACACCUUACCCCACCACACCUCACCCUACCACACCACACCUUACCCCACCACACUUCACCCCACCACACCUCACCCCACCCCACCACACCUCACCCUACCACACCACACCUUACCCCACCACCCCUCACCCCACCACACCUCACCCCACCCCACCACACCUCACCCCACCCCACCACACCUCACCCUACCACACCACACCUUACCCCACCACACCUCACCACACCCCACCACACCUCACCCUACCACACCACACCUUACCCCACCACACCUCACCCCACCACACCUCACCCCACCCCACCACACCUCACCCCACCACACCUCACCCCACCCCACCACACCUCACCCCACCACACCUCACCCCACCCCACCUCACCCCACCACACCACACCUCACCCCACCACACCUCACCCCACCACACCUUACCCCACCACAUCUCACCCCACCACACCUCACCCCACCACACCUCACCCCACCACACCUUACCCCACCACACCUCACCCCACCACACCUUACCCCACCCCACCACACCUUACCCCACCACACCUCACCCCACCACACCUCACCCCACCACACCUUACCCCACCACACCUCACCCCACCACACCUCACGCCACCACACCUCACACCACCACACCUUACCCCACCACACCUCACCCCACCCCACCACACCUCACCCACCACACCUCACACCACCACACCUUACCCCACCACACCUUACCCCACCACAUCUCACCCCACCACACCUUACCCCACCAUACCUCACCCCAUCCCACCACACCUCACCUCACCCCACCCCACCACACCCCACCAAACCUCACCUCACCCCUCCCCACCUCACCCACCAUACCUCACCUCACCUCACCCCACCUCAUCCCACCCCACCACACCUCACUCACCCUGCCUCACCUCACCUCAACCCACCAGACCUCACCUCACCCCACCACGUCACCACAUCUCACCUGUGUGUUGCCUGCCUGUUAA